UGUAGAAGAGAAGAACACGCAAGUUAAUUCUUAAGUCCUAAAUCAGAUAAUCAAAAUGGAAGAUAAGAAGCUUAAUAUACAACUUGAAGAAAAUGAUAUUUCUCAGAAUAGCCUCGAGAACAAUUUGAUCGAUAUCAGUUCAAAUUUGUUUGAAUCAUCAUGCUUUAAGGCUGUUAAGCAAUUGAUGGAACACUCCGAUAAGAAAGCGGAAUUCAAGGAAUUUAUUUAUAUGGUGCACAUGAGAGAUAAUCAAUUAAUGGACAUAAAAGAUAAACUCUCAGAUUUUGAGCAGCAAAUCCUGGAGAAGAAUAAAUUAAUAGACAAUUUGAAAAGGAAAAUGCAUUUAUCAGAUGAAGCAAAAAUUAAUAACUAUGAAAGAACGAUUACAGAAACCAACAAGAUCAAUGCUGAAACAAUUAAGGCUAAGGAUCAACUAAUAGAAACACUUAAAGAAUCACUUGAGUUAUCUAAAGAUAAUCGAAAGCUAUUAGAUAGUAAUCAAUUAGCAAUGACAACAAGAAUAGAUCUUCUUUUGGCUCAACAGGCAACUGCUAAUGAGAAUAUGAUUGAAAGAGAUAAUGAGAUUAUACGGCUAAAAUCAAUAAUUGAUACAAAAGAGGUAGAAAUUAAAGAAAAUAUAAAAAUUAUUGACGAAAUGAAAGAUGAAAUAAAAACUGCUAAUGAGAAUAUGAUUGAAAGAGAUAAUGAGAUUAUACGGCUAAAAUCAAUAAUUGAUACAAAAGAGGCAGAAAUUAAAAGUAAUAUUAAAACUAUUGAAAAAAUAACAAAAAAAUUAGAUUUUUAUGUUAGGCGAAAUAAUAUCCUUGAAGAUAUAGCAACUGAUUCUUUUGUAAACGGCUGGCUUGAUAAUUAA